UCUACGUCAUUACGUCAAAUCAUCUGAGGGGAGAGCAACAACAUAGGUGAAAACGUGGAGCAGUGUUUUGCAUGAAGUGAUGAAGCCAGAUGCCAACGCAGUGGAAUCUGAACCCGGCAGAGUACAGCCAGCGCGUGCUGUGGUCGUGGAGCGGAUAAAUGCCAUCGCGUGAAGCGCUACACCCCCACGAAGAGAAAUCCAUGUCUUUCUUGGACUGCUCCUGCAUCUCCCCCACUCAGGUCCAGCCAAUCAGCAUAGAGGACCAGUAUGAGGACGUCAGCCACCAAUACCUGAGCUCCGACGUCUCAGAAUGCACUUUCGCCUGGGGUGGUGCAGGCAGCGAUGACAUCACAGCGCUCUCUGCUAACUCCGCCCACUACCAGCUGCUGUCAGAGCUGGGGAAAGGCUUCAACAACCUGAGCCAGGUGCGCAUGGCGCGCCACACCCCCUCCCGCCAGCUGGUGGCAGUCAAGAACACCAACCUGGAUGAGUGUACUGAGGAUGAGCUGCUACAGUUGAUGAACGAGGUUCUUCUCUCCAGGCUUUUCCGCCACCCCAACCUGCUGACCUCUCGCCUGGUCUUCAGCUCCUGCUGCCAGCUCUGGGUCCUCACACCACUCAUGGGCUACGGUUCGGCAGAUAGCCUGCUGAGGACCUUCUUCCCUGACGGGAUGAGUGAGUCCCUGAUCGCUUACCUCCUCCACGGAGUCCUGAAGGCUCUGCAAUACCUGCACCUCAUGGGCUACGUGCACAGGGGAGUGAAGGCCAGUCACAUCCUGCUGUCUGGGGAGGGCCGUGUCUACCUCUCGGGGCUUCACAGUGUUUACAGUAUGAUGCGGGAUGGGAAGAAGGUGAGGACCGUGUACGACAUGCCCCACCACAGCCCCGCCCUGCUACCCUGGCUCAGCCCAGAGCUGCUACGACAGGACCUGCAUGGCUAUGGGGUGAAGUCAGACAUCUACAGUCUGGGGAUAGUAGUCUGUGAGCUGGUCAGUGGCAGGGUGCCUUUCCAGGACAUGCCCCCUACACAGAUGCUGCUCCAGAAGCUGCGUGGGUCCCACUGCUGCCUGCUGGACGUGGCCCCCUCCCCCAUAGGGGAGCUGAGGGGGCUGAAGGUGUCCCGCUCCGGGGUGGACUCUGGCAUCGGGGAGAGUGUUGCCACGGGCAGCCUGACCCGCACCGCCACCGCCGAGAGACCUCAGAGCCCCGCCCCCAAGAACCACUCGGUCACCUUGCACAACCUGGUCCAGCUGUGUCUGCAACAGCAGCCCGACUGCAGACCCUCUGCUUCUACACUGUUGACCCAUGCCUUCUUCAAACAGGUGAAAAGGCAUCAUACCCGGGACUCCUUCCUUAGUCUCAUGUACCCCGCGGUGCCCCUUGGAGUUUCCAGCCCCGAUGACCCCCAUGUGUCCUGCUCCCCUACCCCGUCCUGCCACCCCCCCACCUCCGCCAUCGCUCACUCCACAGAGGAGGUGUGGGACUUCUCCUAACCCUCCUCCCUGCCCCCUUCCACCUCUGCCCCCCAACAUCCCAAAACCUGACAACCAAGCCUAACUCAAGACAAUCAAAACGAUCAAAAAAACAGUGAGCCCAAACCUUUCUACUGUGCUCUGAUUGGACCUGUCCUACCCACCACUCUGAGCCGUUCUACUGUGCUUUGAUUGGACCUGUCCUACCCACCACUCUGAGCCUUUCUACUGUGCUCUGAUUGGACCUGUCCUACCCACCACUCUGAGCCUUUCUACUGUGCUUUGAUUGGACCUGUCCUACCCACCACUCUGAGCCUUUCUACUGUGCUUUGAUUGGACCUGUCCUACCUACCACUCUGAGCCUUUCUACUGUGCUCUGAUUGGACCUGUCCUACCCACCACUCUGAGCCUUUCUACUGUGCUUUGAUUGGACCUGUCCUACCCACCACUCUGAGCCUUUCUACUGUGCUCUGAUUGGACCUGUCCUACCCACCACUCUGAGCCUUUCUACUGUGCUCUGAUUGGACCUGUCCUACCCACCACUCUGAGCCUUUCUACAAGUUUUCUAUGCUUUUCUAUGUUUGUUUUGGAACUCAAAUAAGGUUCUGCAGGUGGAUGUUUAUUGUCUUGAGUCUUGUCCUGGAGGCAGAAAUGAGCCAUUUCCCCUUAGAUAGGCCAGCUGCUGGAAUUGGAGGGCAGGAUUAUUGAAGCUGCUCUGCCUGGACCAUCCAAUGAGGAUCUCUGUGCCAUGGGUGUGGCUGCCGGUCAACGACAAUGACAACCAAUGACGUUGCAGGACAGUGAGGACACACCCCCUAUGCCAGUUUAAAGACCUAUCACUGGACUCAUAUGGAUCGUACUACAAACAGUAAUGUGAACUAUUUUAGGCUAUUAGACUGUGAAAGGGCAUAGAUAAUAAUGUGUCAGGGUUUGAAGAGGAAGAUAAUAGAUAAUAGAUAUGUUAUGGAGUUGGAGAGGGUAUAAUAAGUGUGUAUAAGUGUGUGAGCAGAGACGGUACGAGAAUAGCUAGUGUGUUAGUGGAAGUUCUAUGGUUAUCCCUCUUGUCUUGUGAAACCAGCCUGAUCUCGCGAUAGCUCACAUUCCCGAAGUGAAACUAAACGUGAGUUCAGCAGUCCGUCUGAUUGACCAGGCUGCUAUGCCUCCCCUGUACAACCAGUGAAAUCCCUGUGAUCAAAUAAGAACUAUAACACGACCACUACUGUGGUUUGAGAUGCAGCUACCCUAUACACUUCCUUCUAGUCAUAAUAAACGUAUGGGAGGGUCCUCAAUUGUAUCGUUUUAAUGAAAUCUGUGAACUGUUUAUGAUACCUUUAUGUGUUUUAUUCUGUGAUUGAUGAUUAUGUGUAUGAGAGACAUGUUAUGUAUCAGUGCAUAUCAAACAUGUUAUAGCUGUAUGAGCCUUAUAGAAGUGUUAUAAAUAUAUUCAUUAUC